CAGCCACCUGCGGCCAUGUCCUCCAGGGCCAGCAUGUAUGCCCUGCAGCGCUUGGUGGAGCAGCUCAAGCUGGAGGCCAGUGUGGAGAGGAUCAAGGUCUCUCAGGCAGCUGCCGAGCUUCAGCAGUACUGCAUGCAGAAUGCCUGCAAGGAUGCCCUGCUGGUCAGUGUUCCAGCGGGCAGCAACCCCUUCCUGGAGCCCAGAUCCUGUGCUUUACUCUGAAGACUGGAAAAAAGUUCACUAAGGAAGCCUUCAGGCACAAAGUGAUGAAUGACUUCCUCCAAGUCUCACAGAAACAUUUUUUUCUAACCAAAUGACUUACAUAUUCAGACCUUCCCUGUGGCCUAGUCCUAUAGCCAAAAUUCUACAGAAAUUGAUGAGUGUCAACUCAAAUUAGGAAACUGGGU